AGCACCUCAGGCAAAGAAGGCUUGAAAUACAGGCCCUUCGAAGGAUAGGCCCUCCGCCACCACAACUCCAUCUUCUCCCUGCGAGCAGCAAACUCCUUCUGCUCCGGCUGGAUCGACUCCUCCUCCCGAGGCUUCGACCGACCAAACUCAGCAGGUUGAUCCUGCUCCAACCGGGGGAGAGACGGUUGGUCGCGCCUUUAAACUGGUCAAAGAGAGGAUCACCAAGAUUGCGAAGUACGACCGCUGCCGAGAGGCAAUGGCUGCUACAGAGACAAUGGAAGUUGACCUAAUUUUGAACCACGCCCUGAACGAGUUCACCAGUGCCAUGCUGAACCUCACUGCCGGCCGAAUCCGCUUGGGUGCCGUCAUCGAGCAUGCCAGAACUUUGGAGCAACGUCAUGAGGAUGAACUUAAAACUGCUGAGGCCAAACAUGCUGAACAGUUGGCAUUGGUGGUUGAGGAAAAGGCCAAACGGGCUAAGGAGUUGGAGGAGAAGCAAAGGUCUCUGGAGAAAGUUCGCGAGCAGAGGGACCAAUAUAAGGAGUCCAACUGCUUUAACUUUCACGCGGCCCAACAGCUUGAGGUUGACUUGGCUGCGAGCAGGCAGGAGACCACAAUUCUAGAGGGCCGGAUUAAGGAGUUAGAGAAGGCCAACGCCGGCAACUUGGAAAGGCAUGGCCGCUCCCAACGUCUUCGAUCUGUAUCAGACUGA